AUGACUGUCAUUCCCGAGUCCCCUGCCGGUGGUCUGGCUGCAAAGCAGCAAGGUAUCCCUCCGCAUGCGCAAAAGGCCACCUUUGCUGCCGGCUGCUUCUGGGGUGUUGAACACAUCUACCGUCGGCGGUUUGGCAACGGGAAGGGCCUCUUAGAUGCCUCUGUUGGCUACUGUGGUGGGAAAUCCAAGCUACCAACCUACCGUCAAGUCUGUACAGGACAGACAGGCCAUGCCGAAGCCGUCGAGGUGAUAUAUGACCCGACAAUUGUCUCCUACCAGCAGCUUGUCGAAUUCUUCUACUCCAUGCAUGACCCAACCACCAAGGACAGACAGGGCGCUGAUACUGGCACCCAGUACCGAAGCGCCGUGUUUGCUCAUAACGAGGAACAGCUGAGGAUCGCAAAAAGCGUAACCGACCAGGUUUCUAGGCGGUGGUGGAAGGCCCCCGUCACCACCGAGCUCAAUCCCCCGGACCAGUGGCAGUGGUGGACUGCCGAAGCAUACCAUCAGCUAUAUCUGGAGAAGAAUCCCACUGGAUACGUGUGCCCAGCCCAGUAAGUCAACCUUUUUUUUCACCUAUCUAAUAUUGUAUGAGAAAGCCCUUGCUGACCGUCGCCUCUCACACUCCAGCUUCGUACGGGACUUCCCUCCUCUGGUUUCCGCGUGAGCUGAAACCAGAGAUGAUACCCGUUAAUGAACAAUAAUGAGAAGCAAUAUCCCUCCCUUUUUUCACCAUCAUAUACCCAAGGAGAAUUCAACGUCUCCUUCGUUUAUUCUGCUUUUCUGCGCGCUGGCAGUGGUAGUUCCAUUUUCAACCUCAUAAUACCACGGAACAGGACCUCAGCCAACUAUCGAGUGUUUUCCUUUCUGCAUUGUUUUUAUUCUCUUUC